UCCUGACAGUUUUUCCCGGGAACUCGACGCAGCGUGUUGUUCCAUCGCACCUGGUCCAAAACAAUUUCCAUCUCAACAGCUACAAAAACAGUCCACUUUGAGCAGGAAAUAAAACACCACCCUAGACGAAAACUAAAAGGGAACUUUGUUAUUUCUUUCGUACAUGGUGAGCACGCGAAAAUUCCGCGAAAAUUUACAUUCCCAACAUAUUUGCACAUUCUGGUGAAAAGGCGGAGCGCAAAGGGAACAAAGCUAAAUGGGCUAAUAACAAGCUAAGUACGGUGGACUAACAGCUUGCCAGUUAGCGCUACGUUUCGAGCUACGUUUACAUGGACAGCUGCUAAUAAAAUACGGCAAACGAAUGAACAUUGGGUCUUAAGCGAGGGUCGUUGAUUUAUCAGUAGCCACAAUAAUCAGGAGACCACACAGGCAUUCCAAGGAUUGCAACAUGCGUGGCCGCCACUUACGCCGCCGCUUCAGCCUGCAGCCCUCGUUCAUGAAGGACGACAAUGCCGAGGAGAAGCCCAAACGUGAUAAGGUUGGUAGAAAUAACGCGGUAGAUGAUGCCAUUGGACCGGCCAACGCACGCCACAAAAUCGUCGUCAUGGGCUCUGCAAAAGUGGGCAAAACGUCAAUAAUCACCCAGUUUCUGUACAACACAUUUAGCACCAAAUACAAGCGGACCAUUGAGGAAAUGCACCAAGGCAAUUUUUCCAUCGCCGGCGUGAGUCUUACCCUUGAUAUUCUGGACACUGCCGGUUCAUACGAGUUUCCGGCGAUGCGUGCUCUUUCUAUAUCCUCGGCGGAUGCUUUCAUCCUGGUCUACGACGUCACCGAUGCCACUACUUUCGAGGAAGUGCGCACAAUUCGCGAUCAGAUCCACGAGACUAAGGCCACUACCGCGGUUCCAAUUGUGGUUGUCGGGAACAAGAUCGACCUCUUGGCAGAUGGAGAAACCGAGCGAGAGGUUGAGUACGCCACCACAGAAUCGGUAGUUACUGUGGACUGGGAGAAUGGGUUUGUAGAGGCCUCGGCUUCCAGUAAUGAAAACAUCACCCAGGUGUUCAAGGAACUGCUGGCCCAGGCAAAAAUAACUUACAACCUGAGUCCGGCCCUACGUCGUCGUCGGCAGUCGUUGCCGCAGCAGAUUGGAAACAAUGGACCGGGCACUCCGUCUCACCACCACCAGCACCACACCCAGCACCACAAUUCCGGAGGUGGCACCUCCGCUUCUACCUCCUCGGCAGCGGCAGCUGCGUCAUCCUCCGGGGGAUCCGGAUCCCACGCUCCUACACCUGCCCAGCUGCAGCACCUGCAAAGAAUCCAGGAGCGGAGUUUGGGCGCCAAGCGCAACUCGUGCGUCAUUUCCUAAAGAGGCGAAAUCCCGGCACUGGAAGUGCCAACACGGCAGCUGACGAGUGGACGCCAAACUAAUAGAGGUCUCAUAUAUAACGGUUUUCAACACCUUUUCAAUAAUCAAAAACAACAAGGGGCUUUUUUCCAAACUCAAGCAACAGAACUAGUGUGAACAGAAGAGGUAGAUUCUAUUCACAGACUCCCAGUCUUUGAAGGGAAGACAACAUUAUGGGUGAGCAAGGUAACAUUUUCUUUUCUUAAAAACACUACGUCUCGGUGAAUUUAAUUUAAUAUAUGAACGAUUUAAAAAUAUGUUGAAAAUAUGCUCAACGUUUCAAAAUCGCUUGAUAUUUGAAAGUAUAUUUUAAUAUAUUUAUUUUUCCACAAGCUUAACGUUAUCUUUUUCACGGAUACGAAAGUAUUUCGAAAUCCUUUUAGGUAUUUUGCAAGUGUAAGAAAAGCAGGGUAAUAUAACUAAGCGGGACAUUCUUAAAGUUGUCUCCCUAGGACUUAUAGUUUUGUUAAUCUAAACUAAAUAAAUCCGCAAUAUUGUAGAGCAAUCUCUACUCAAAUGUACCUCCAUCUUGCUGUUAUUGCUCCAAUAACUUAAGUACCUAUAUCGCAAGCCUCUGGUUUCUUAAACUCAGCUUAUAGAAUACUUAUGUGUGUGACCAAAAGUUAAAUCGUUAAAACGAUAUACAACUCACUCAGAAAAAAAUAUACAAUAACCCAAGACAAAUUUUUUUUUACACGUCUCAGUACUUAGUUUGUGUAUUUGUCUAAUCUGAUCUUACAGGAAUAUAUAAAAUAGUUUAUUCUUAAUCUGUGUAUAGAUUACACUGUCCACUAUGGAGAUUUUUGCAUAGAUGUGCUUUCCACAAACUUCCGGUUUCGACAUUUUUUUGAACGGGUCAGGAACGGAUCUAAAUUUCGUGUUACAACACGCGAAAGUGUAAAAAUCAGCUGUUACACACGACAACGAAGUAUUUAAACGUUUCUUGGCUUAUCGGGUUCGUUGAAAAAUAUUUAAAAAAUACAAGUAUGCGUUUCCGACCCGGGAUCACCAUCCGAGUCUGUCUGUUCGGGCGUCCGUUUGAACACUGUAAUUUUGCUCAAAACCACUGAUCACCCACUUAUUAUUUAUAUGCCAACUUCCAUCAUUUAAAUUUCUCUCUCCUAAAAUUGGCGAAGUUAAUAUUUAUCCUAUAUAAAUUGUUAAUUUCCCAUAGUGCAGUGUAACAAAUAAAAAUUACAUUAACGGAACACAACCAAUUUAGAUGAUUAUGAUAAACAAAUUUCGUACAUAGUCACGCAAAUGAAGGGGAUGCCAAAACAAGAUUGUAUUAAAUAAUUUGCUGGCCAAGUUAUUUCCGUUAACAAAUGUGCAUUAGGUGGAUUUCCGGAACUAGAUUCGGAAUUUGUGCAUCUUAACUAACCAAAUUUGUUAUAUUCCUUUGAUGUAAUUUAAUGAUGGUCUAAUCUUGUAACACAGUCUUAUAACACAUACAAAACUAUAACAAAUUGUAAUAAGAUUGAUAAAAGAUCUACGAUAGUAAUAAUUUUAUACUGAAUGAGUGUGUCGAACAAACACAGAUUCAUAGUGCAAUUGAAUACCAAAGAGCAUAAUGCACAUGGUUAUAAAAUUACUAUACAUGAGGUAUUGAGUUAAUGGCCUGGGUCAAUAUAAUGUACAUUUUAUACUAUUGCGCAUUAAGCCAAUACUACAUAUUAUUAAAUAAAUACAAUUUUAAGUUCCAUUUUAAUUUUCAUCCUAUCUAAGUAUAAAUUAACAUUGUCUGUGUAAUACGGAAUACAUUGUGGUAGAAAAUAGGCCGACUAGACCGGAUUUUCCUUAGGCGUCAAUUGACCUGAAACCAUUUACCAAUGUGUCGCGUGUCAGUGUUGCAAAGCGAAUGUGGAAGCUAAGACAGAAACCAAAAGCAAAUGCGUAGUUAAAAAGUAGCUUUAAUUGGCAUGAGAAACCUAAGAUCUAUCCUUAGAAACGUAAUGAAUGUAUAUUUGGCUUUUAUUUCCCACUUUUACCACUUUUACCACCUUUACCACUUUUCCUACUUUACGGCUAGCUAUUAUUAUUGGUCAAAGCCCGGUAAAAAGAUUGAAACAAAUGGUUAAGAUUGAUAACGAAAUGGAAACACCAAAGAAUUUGACAAGACAAAAGCAAUUGCAAAUAAUGAAUACGUGUAUAGAUCAAUAUAAAUAUAUAUGAUUAUGUUAUGGUAUAAUAUAUAUAAUAGUCGUUUAAUAGGGUUACUUUUGAGAUGUAGAACGAAACGAAAAACAGUCCUUUUUGAAAUGCAACUAAUACAUUCAAUGUAAUUUGGUUUUCCAACAAUAAAAUAUUAACAUACAUAUACCCGGAUUCGAACCACACUAAAACUAAAAAUCUAAACAGAGUGUUAUAUUUAUACAAUAAAUAUUUUUAAAUGCUUAUAUACCGAAUCGUUAUGCGAGUACGAGAAGUACUGAAAUAUUGAGAAAGUACCAAAGCAAGUCUUAGUCUUAUACGAAUAUAAAGGCGUUACUAAUGAAAUGAAAACUUCGAAAAUUUGUCUCAUUAUUUAUAUAGAGCAAAUCAGAUAAUAUCAAUUAAACAUACAUAAAUCUGAGUAUAUGUAAAUCUGUGUAUCGCAGUGGUUGUUUAAUCUAUAAUACAAUACCGCUCUUUGGCUGCCCAAAGUCCCUACAAUUUCUGCGUUUAAAUUCUUUCUCUCCAGUUGAUUUUCUGGUGCUGUCUGAAUGUUUAGCAGCACUAGUGUCAUUGUUUAAGUAGAAUUCGCUAUCGAGGCUUCCAAAAAAUAUCAUUUAGUUGGUCAAAUAAAUAGUAUCUAAGUGAGUAGACCUGUUAGAAUGGUACCAACAAAUACGGGUAUGAGUGUGAGCAUUGCGUAAACUAAUUCGCAUUAAUAUUGAUUUAACUUAGCGACGCAAUAUUAGUUUACAAACAAUUUUUUUUUUUAGUUUUAAGUAAUCAAUUUGAACAAUCCUAUUCUCAAUUCACAUUCACGGCUGUUCCAUUUAUACAUAAACCAAUAGCACCGCUUUCUAAACAUUGUUUAAACCGCCUUUAAAUGCGAAUUGUUUUGCUUCUCCUAGUUUACAACCUCUCCAUUUGAAUGUCUCACAAAUAAAUAUAUAUUAUUAUCAAUAUUUACAUACGGAAAUAUUUACAUACGGCUAUAUGCAUAUAGUAUAUACAUACAUAUAUAUAAAUGUAUACAUGGUGUAUAAUUAUAAAUGUAAUUGAUAAUUGCAAAAAAAAGAGCAAGAACCGGAAAUAAAUGCAAGGGCGAAAAGUUUUUGUGCUUAAAA